AUGUAUAUUCAUUCAACAGAUGUUAAUAGGACACUGCAAAGUGCAAUAUCAAAUUUGAUUGGAAUGUACUAUAACAGUACAGCAGCAAAGCCUGGCAUUGAUUAUCCUGAAAUUCCUGAGUGGCCCCAUGGAUAUGUACCGAUUCCCUUGCACACAGUUAUUCGAAAAACUGAUUUUGUUCGUCUCCUUACAUUUGUUUUAAAUGCAUAUGAACUGAAAAAAAAAAACGUCGCGGGAAAACUUAUGUUUCCGUGCUGA